GCUCUUUUUCAAGCUGACCAAUCAGCGGCCGCCACGUUUUAUGAAAGGCAGCAAGUCAAACGGCCCGCCCCGAGCGUCGUUCAUUGAAGAAGGAGAAGGCCGCUCUGUCGCACCUUUUCUCAGCACGAAGACAGCCAUGUCCAAACUCGUAAAGCUUUUUGUCGGCGGCCUCAAUGUGCAGACGACGGACGAUGGCCUUCGGUGCUAUUUCGAGCAGUUCGGAAUCCUUAGCGACUGCGUGGUGGUGAUGAACCAGCAGCUGGGACGGUCCCGCUGCUUCGGCUUCAUAACCUACUCGACGCCGGAGGAGGCCGACGCAGCAAUGGCGUCCAAGCCACAUGUCGUUGACGGACACAACGUGGAGCUGAAAAGAGCCGUCGCCCGGGAGGAGGCAAACAACCCGGAAAUCUCCGCCAACGUCAAGAAGAUCUUCGUCGGCGGCGUGAGAGACCACAUUGAGUCCGACAACCUUGCCGACUACUUCUCCCAGUACGGCAUGGUGGAGAAGGCCGAGAUCAUCGUCGACAAGCUGACCGGCAGGAAGCGUGGCUUCGCCUUUGUCUUCUUUCAGGACACCGACGCGGCCACCAAGGCGGCGCUCACCAAGUUCCACACCAUCAACGGGAACAAAGUGGAGGUGAAGAAGGCCAUGAGCAAGCACGAGAUGUCGAAUACCGGCGGCGGCCGUGGCGGCGGCGGCGUUGGUGGUGGAAGGGGUCGCGGCAGAGGGAUGCCGAGCUUCGGCGGCGGUAGAGGCGGCUACGGCGGAGGAGGCUUUGGGGGCAGCGGCGGCAGCUACGGAGGUGGCUACGGGGGAGGUUAUGGCGCCGGCGGCGGCGGCGGUGGUGGUGGCUACAACGGCAGUGGAGGCGGCGCUGGCUACGGUGGUGGCUACGGCGGGGGAUACGAAGAGUACGACAACAGCAUGGGCGGCGGUUACAGCAACGGUGACUUUGGGGGAGGCUACGGACAGCAGCAGUCCACUUACGGUGCAAUGAAGGGGGGCAACUAUUCCUCCUUCAGGAGCGCAGCCCCGUACAGCAGAGGCGGCUACGGCAGGGGGGGUGGAGGCGGAGGAGGAGGCUACUCACAGGGCUAUUAGAUUUCCCUCCACUUUUCAUACAGCAGCCAUGGGGGGAGAUCCUGCUUCUAGUGAACUUGAAUACACACCAACAUGGGGGGUCUCUGAGUCGAAUGAAUGAGUGCCCGCCUGGACCCCCAUCUCUCUUAUUCCUCUUUAUGGACGUUACUAAGAAUUGUGAAUUAUUGCAAUGUAACUACGUUUGUCACUGCUCUGUGAAGUCGUUUUUAUGUCUCAGGCUUUUUAAGGGAAGUGAAUUGAGUUUCCUAGUCUUCGACAUUAUUUUUUAAUGUGACAAAUCUAUUUCUGUAGACAUGUCGCAGAUUGAGUUAAAUCAAAAACACGUUUUUUUCCACUUUGCUUUGUCAUUUCAUGUUUGUUUUAGAUUAAAACUGUUUUUUGAAAUCAA